AUGUCCGCCAACGAGAUGACUACCAGACCCGAGGCUGAACAGUCAGAGAACAUUGGAACCAGGGUUGCCAAAAAACUGAGCAAGCGAUUAUCCAUAGGCAGCGGAAGCAAAGAGGGCACCAGCCAUGGAGGCGCCCAGGAUUCAAUACUCGACAAAAGCGCCUCUAUCAGAGACGAAUUGGGCCAAGGUAACUUCAGCGGCGCCAAAGAGAUCAUCACCAAAGGCCAGACUACCAAGAGAUCUACGAGCCAAGGAGAUACCGGCGGAGCUUCGGGCAGCGCCGGAACCAACCAACGAGAUAUGAGCAAGGAAAAUGCCAAGGAGACUGGACAGCAAAUCAACAAAGGGAUUAGCCAGGACAAUUCCGAAAAGGCCUCCGCUGGUGGAUCGAACAAGGAACAGCGAAACGCUGGCAGCCCACCAGUUAUUCAACUCAGGAAAGAAAGUGGCAGUAACGAAAAUACCGAAAAAGGCUCGACUAGCGAAUCCAACAGAAAGGAACAAAGCAAAGGCCACAAAGACAUGGACCACCGAGGUAGUGUCGCAUCCGGAAUGCUCGAACCAAACUACGAUAUUCGCAAGGGCCCUAUCACUACGGAAGGAACAUUCCAGGAGAAGAAUUUCCACAACAAGACUGGCCGCGAAACUAUUGUUUCGAGAGACGGCGGCAUCAGCAAAAGCCCUACCCAAGGAGACGCCAACACACAGGCUAACACGGGUAAUGCUACUGGAUCGAGCACCAACCAGCAAGGCCUUUCCCAAACUGGCAUUGUAGGAUCGAGCAGUGACAAGGGCAAGUCAAGCUCCAGCAAGCGUAACUCUUCUCAGUUUGCCUCUGCCGUAGCACCAAACAAUGGCAAAGACAGCUCGAGCCAAUUGAAGAGCGGAGGAGCCAAUGCUGGAAAUGAUUUCAGCGAUGAGUUCAUCCAGAACGAGCUCCACGACCAAGAGAACAUCAGCGGAGACGUCUUUGACGAUGGAUCCGGCGGCAAAGACCUCUCUAAGAAAACUGCAGGUCAUGGUAUGUCGAAGAAGUCUCAUGCCAACCAGAAGAACCUUGAACAACAGGGCUCCAAGGCUUCGCAGAAAUCAGGAGCUGACCAGGGUUUGGCAGGUGCCGCUGUUAUCGGCGGCAGUGGAAUGAGCAAAGGAACCAGCAGCCAGACUUCUACUGCCAAAAAACAGUCAAGCAAAAGUCACUCCAGCUCUGGAGUCAACGAAAUGGCCCGCAAGGAGCUUGCUCCAACAAGUCCGAAGAGCCAGGCUCAAUCUACUGUCAGUGAAAAUGGUCGCUCAAGGGGCAAGGACUCGGCCGCCGACAGUCAGGCAAAGAAGAGGUCGUACUCUGGAGCACUCUUGGGCCAAGGUUCUGGUCAAGGUUUCAACCCUGCUAUUCCAGCAGAUAGUGCCUAUGCUGGCACCGGGGGCUCGCAAGAGGCUAGCACCAUGGGCCAGCACAGCGGCAUUGGCGGGACCAGCAGCAUGAGCCAGACCAGUCAGUUGCGCUCUACCACUACUAGCCAGACAAAACAGUCAACGUCCAGCAAUGUCUUCUCCGGCAGCGGUGGAACUACCACCCAAGCAGCCAUGGUUGGCGGAGGAAGACUGCAGCAGAGUGGCGUCAACGGUGGUUCCAGCAAGAGUGGUGUCGGCAACGGCACCAGUAGUACCACCACCGGCGGCAUGAAUGGCGCAACCACAAAACGCACCGUCAGACAGCUCAGUAGCGGGGGCUUCAAGGUUACUGUUCUCCAGGAGAAGCUCCAGGCUGUGUCCCAGAAGUGCAAGACUCAGCUGGGCCUUUCUUCAGAUGAUAUCAGUCGCCGCAGCCCUACCGUUGACUCUUUCUUCGAUGCUGUUGCUGCUGAGCGUCUCCGCUGGAUGCCUCGUGAUGGAAGCAAGCUUGACUGCUGUCUCAGAUGGGCUUCCAGACUGGCAUAUGCCGUUGACGCUCUUAGGGAGUCUGUCGGAGUCUUUGCACCUGCCGCCAACGAGGCUGCAAUGCUCAUUUGGGGAUUCUCCAUUCUUCUUUUGGAAUCUGACAUUGACAACACCGAUGUCUUCGAAAGCGUCUUUGGCCGAUAUGGUCGUGUUGCUGUCGGCAUCUACUUGCUUCUCCAGUACGAGACCGCGUAUAAGUCAUCCCCUGAGCUUCAGCCAGAGGUCACCGCUGUGUUUGCCGACUUGCUUGAGAUGGUCUGUAGCACAACCACGAGCUGUGUUGAGGGAUUCAAGAGCAAGGAGUCUGACCAGGUAAUUGGACGCAACGUUGACGCAGCCUUUGUGACCUACGCCAAGCGCUACUCUACUCAUUGGAACUCUGUUGUCGACUCUCACACCUCGAAGCUCGUGAAGCAAAGUUCGCAAAUCUAUUCUUCUCCUGAGCUGGGUAGCUUGCGUCAGUUCCUGGGAGUACAAGACCGUCCUCUCCAGUUUAUUCUGGAUUCCCGCGCCCACUUACUCGCUGAGGGGUCGUUUGAGUGGUUCAACAACACACUCUAUGACUUCACUGUUGCUACCACCCCUGUAAUGCUUAUUACAGGUGGAGUUGGCUCUGGAAAGAGUGCCCUGGCUCAAUGGACAGUCGAGAGACUGCAGGAGUCGGCCGAGCAUGAUAGCUGGAAUGUCAUUCCGUACACAAUUCGGGCCGAUAUUCCCGUCGCUACUCUGCCUCUCCGUAUCCUGAAGGGUAUCUUGCACCAGAUGUUGGAUCACUGUGUUAGUGAUAUCCAAACACAAGAAGCAAUCCUUGUCGAUGUAGCCAAGGCAGCUCAAGGUGCUAUCGAUGGAGCUGGCGAUGACGAAGUUGAAGAAUCUCUGUGGAAGGGAAUCCGGACCGGUCUUUCUGCCAACAUCCAGUAUAUGUUUGUCAUUGAUGGUAUCGACCAGAUCAAGGGCGGAGAUGCUGAUGCUAUGGCUUGCUUGGAUCACUUCUGUGAUAUCCUUGCAAAGCAGAACGCCGGAUCUAAGAUGAUCGCUUUCACUCGGCCGCUCAGCUCGAAGACAAGCUCGAAGAACGUUCAGCAGUUUACCAUGCAGACCUCUCAGACCAAGACAGACCUCACAGCCUAUGUGAAAAAGAUGCUUGCGUCUGGUGCUAACUUCGACACCCUCAAGAGUAACCAGCUUGAUAAAGCUGUGGAUUCCAUCGUCCAACGCUCCCAGGGCUCUUUCAGCUGGGCGGAGAUGGCGGUUGCGUAUGCCAAACAGCAAAAGACGUUGAACCAGGCUGUUUCAUCCGUGCAAAGCCUGCCACAGUCCAUGCCAGAGCUCCUUGACUUCCACUCCACCAACGUCGACUUCACCCAGCAGGGAACUCUCAAUAUUGUUUCCUGGCUGGCAGCUGCCGAGAGACCCUUGUUGGUCGAGGAAAUUGAGCACCUCUUGAAUGUAGACCCCAAGGGUCCUAGCUACGUGUCCCGCCAACCUGCUGACAGCUACGAGACUUUGAAUGCACUGAGUCCCCUCGUCAUGACGCGCGAUGGUGUGGUGUCUUUCGCCCAUACCUACAUUCGUGACCAUGUCAUCAGCCAGGCGAAGACCUCUGGAUCCAAGUUACUCAAUCUCAAAGAGGCACAUUACGACUUGCUUACUCGAUGCCUUUCGUGUGUGCAGCUCAGCGUCCAAGAAGAAGUUGAUAUCUCCAUGGACAAGUUGAGCAUGGAGGAGCGCAACCACCUCUUUGAUAAGUAUGUCGUCUUGGAGUACACCGCACGCUACUGGCUGUCGCACCUGCUGUCCUCACCUUUGGUGACAGAUGACGGAGAAUUCCAGUUCGACAAUAGCUUUAAGAAGCUCCUUCCGGCGACAGUUCUCUUUGCUCGCCUGGAAUUGACUUGCCGCGAGUCCCAGUUUACCCGCUCCAGUGUCGUUGAGCUUUACCGACUUGCGAGUGACAUUCGCCGAGCCAUUCUGGGAGACAAGAACAUGGCCCUGCUGGAAAGCUUGCUUCUCAGCUCACGCGCGGCCAAGCUGGCUCACGCCAGCCAUGCCGACGAGCACUCCUACGAAGCUUGGAAGCUGAGCCAAGAGCUCCUUGGACAGUCACACUCGCUUACCCUGACAUGUUCCGAGACAAUGACUCAGUCGUUCUCCGAGCGAGGAACUAUGACUGCCCCGCAGGAGGAUAUCAUGAGGUACUUGAUCCUGACCGACACCGAGAUCACUGGCGUGGAGUUCAACCAGCGCUUGAAGUAUCUCGGAAUUAUUGUCAGCAUGUACAAGUCUCGCAGCGACGAUGACUCUGCCCUGCUCAUCUCUAAGCAAUUCUACCAGCAGAUUCUCCAGAAGUACGGAACAAACUCUCACCAGUCCUCCGAGACUGCCGAUUUCUUGACCGCUCAAUUCUCUAGCACUGGAAGCGAUGAGAUGAGCCGAGACAUUGCCAGAACGAAGUAUGACAAUGUUGUUCGCACCAUGGAAGUCACCGAUGAGCGCCGCAUAAGCUACACUCUUUACAUGGCUCAGUUGUACGAGCAGCAAGGUGACUUUGCUCACUCUCAAGCCGUGCUUUCCAACCUCUGGGCUGGUCUGAACUCGCGCGACAUUGACUCUGUCGACAUGAUGGACAAGAAAGCCAAUGUGGCUCUCUUGUACUACCAGUUCCUUCGUCGCCACGGCCGAAAUGACGAGGCUGAAGUCAUAAUUCGUGAACUGGUCGCUGAUCUCGAGGUUACUGGUGUCCACUCCUCGGAUAUGAUGCACCGUGUGAACCUUCUGAGAACCGAGACUCAGGAGAUGCACUUGUGGAGCCUGGACCGCUCUUUGUCGGUGCUCAUGUGGCGCUACUACAAGGAGACCAACCAAGAAUAUUCUGAGGAGUCCACUGCGCUGGCCCUUUCAAUCGCCCAAAGCAUGUCCAACUCUGUAUCGAUGGAGCAAGCAUCUUCGCUCUCCGUCAAAGACCGCAAGCUGUUGGUUGAGCUGUUGGAUGUCAUUUCGGCCAGCUCGAGUAACAUGACUGUAACCACUUUGAUCAUGUGUCACAACCUCUCCAGCAUUUAUAUUCGCGAGGAAGACUGGGUGCAAGCCAGUGAAUGCUCCAUGGCUGUCUUGCAGCACAUCUGGCCCACUGUCGAGCAGCCCAAAUCCCACAAGAUGUUCUCGACUCAGCUGGCACCUCCUGCAGCCGACCUUGCCCUGAUCUUGGCUUACUGCCACUUCCGCAGGCUGCACCUGGAACAGGCUACAAAUGUUUACGACAAUGCCUUUGGGUCUUUGAUCUCAUCAGAAAGAGUACCAGUUCCUUCUGUCCUGGCCGUCGCCAAGGCUGUGGUCGAAUUCUACGAGACUUCUUACCAGUUCACCAAGGCGCUGACUCUGCUCCAUACUGUCAGCAACUUCUUGACGUCUCGUCUUGGAGAGACCCACAAACAUACCAUCGACAACAUGUACCUCGAGGCUGCUCUGGCAACUCGCCUGGAGAUGACCGGUGAGGCCAAGAGCACCUACCAGCGCAUCUACAAUGCCACCUCUCAGGAAGGCAAGAUCGACCCAGAGGGCAUCGAUGCUGCCAUUGCCCUCAUUGACCUCUACGAGGGAGAAAUGCAGUGGGACUCUGCCUUGGGUGUCUACCGCUCACUCUGGCCAACCCUUGUUGUUGAGGAUAACAAGAAGCACACAUUUGACCAGAUUCUGGUGGAUCGCAUGUUGGAGAGAACGUAUUCCGGCUACAUGUCUAUUCUGACAACCCGCAAGACUAAGAGCUCCGAAUUUAGCGAGCGAUACCAGGUUGCUUCUGACUAUGUCAUGACCUGUCGCCACGUGCACGGUGCUACCAGCCAGAAGACGCUUAAUGCCACUCUGCUGUUUGCUGAGCUGUGCGAGAGCAGCGAUUCCCACAUUGACCAAGCCAUAGCUUUGUACAGGCAGCCUCUGCAGACCAGCGAGUGGGUGGACACUACUCAGUCGUCCAAGCCUCUUGACCAGAUGACACACCCCCUGCCAAUUACACUCAAGCAUAAGCUGGCGCAGCUCUAUGUUCGAAAGCAUGAUUCGACUAGUGACGCUCGCUCUCUCUACACAGAGGAGUUCCAGCUGGCCAAGAAGACCCAGGGCUAUUUCUCUUCCACUACCCUAUCUUGGCUGCGCGAGCUCGCAAUGGCCCACUCGAGACAGGGAACUUCGACUGCUAUCCAGCAGGGAAAUGCAAUCCUUCACACCUUCAUUACCGACGUAUUGCAUGUUGGCGGUGAUCCUGACCAGAUGGGCGAUUGGGCUCGCAAGAUUGCUUCAAUCUACCUCGAGUGCGGAUUCAUCGAAGGCGGCAAUAACGUGCUCGACGAGUUGCGCCACCGCGUAGUGUACAGCUCUGAGGCCUCAGCUAUGGCGCUGCAUGACCGACGCGACGCCGUAUUUGUCUCUGCUUUUGAGGAAGUCUUUGGCAGACGCGCUACCCACAGCCAGAUCAUGACGGAGAUGACUCGUGAGAUGUCGACUUACCAGGCGUUCUCCAAGAGCCUUACUGGUCACGACUUCAUUCCUACUUUAAUCACCGGUCACGUUCUGUACAAUCUUCAGACCGAACAGAAACGAUUCCGUGCUGCCGCAGACACCAAGGACAAGUUGUACGACUACUUCUGCUCCAACCUCUCGGCCACCAGUGUCGCCGACCAAGAAAUCGUACAGCAGUUCUACCACAUUUGCCUGCGUGAGGUCCAUAGUGAGGAUUAUACCAUGAACAUUCUUAGCAGGACCGCGGAUCUCGUCCGCGAAUUGUGCAACUCCUCUCGCUUCCAGGAUGCAACUAUUCUGACAGGCGUGCUACACUCGUUCAUGCACCUUACCGAAGGUCUGAACAGCUACAACAGCAUCAAGACCGCCACCCAGAUCUGUCUGUACUUGAGCGGCCACAAGGCGACCAAGUGCACAGACGAUAAGACCUACCAUGGCAUGUCAGUCAAAUCCAAGAUGCUCCUUCAGGAGAUUAUGACAGCAUCCAAAUCCAUCGGCAUCGACAUGGUGGACCUGCCAUUCAACGACCUGAACGAAAUAAUCACCCUCCUAGGCGAGUACGAUAUGUUCGACGAACUUGAGGGAAUCCUCACCCAACUCUGGACGUCCCGUAUCGUCCAGCGCACCUGGACACCAGACGUGGUGGUGUGGAUAGGCCGCCGUCUCGUCGAAACCCGCUUCUGUCGCGGCCACGUCGACUCAGCUAUCCAGCUGUGCCGUGACAUUUGCUACAACUUGCGCCAGGUUUGGGGCAGCUGCGAUCCUGUCACUCUGGAGAUGACCAAGCUCCUCUCUGGUCUGUUCACUGCAUCAGAUAACCACCAGGCGGCAGCCACCCUCCACGAGGGGAUUCUGUACGACUUGCUCGGUGACAACGAAGCGAAGGGCCAUGACCGUGCUGCUGAUACCGUUUUGCAGCACAUGGAGCUGCUCCGCCGUGCUCAGGCUCGCAUGGGUGCUGAUCAAACCUCGCGCCGGGCCUCGGCCCAUGCAGAGCUGUUCCAGCAGCUGGGUUCCCGCUUUGGUAUUGAGUCUGAAAAGAUCCAGAGCGUCGGUGAAGCUCAUGGCGACGAACAAUUUGGAAUGUGGUCCAAGCCUCGACGCUUCAGUUUGGAUGUUGAGGACCUGGAAGAAGACGUCCAGUCUCACCACAAUCAUCUUCGUGUGGCUAGCGGUGCUGGUUUGUAUGGUAGUGGUGGUUCCAGACGUAUCUCGGUGCAGGCUCUCUAA